AAGGGAAUGAAGGGAACACCUUGGAGAAAGCUGAUGACGGUGGUGGCGAAAAUGUAAAUGGCGAAGAUGCUAUUGAUGUUGAUGACAGUGAUGCAAAGCUCACUAAAUCAGAUCGUGCUUCUGAUCGCGAGUCUCAAGUUAAGGAUAUUAAACAGCGCCUCCAGCAACAUAAACAAGAAAAUUCCCUCAGGGGAAACCAAUAAGCAGAAAGAACAAAUGCUACUAGAUGCUAAGGUACAGCAACUCUAAGAUCAACUCAUUCAGGCUAAAAUCUAUCUUUCCUUGCCAGUAGUAAAAAGCAACUCCCAUCUUACACGGGAACUACGACUACGGGUAAAGGAAGUUUCACGAACACUUGGAGAUGCAAGCAAGGAUUCUGGCUUACCUAGGAAUGCAAAUGAGAGAAUGAAGGCGAUGGAACAAACUUUGUUGAAAGGGAAGCAAGCUCAAGAUGAUUGUGCUGCUGUUGUGAAGAAGCUUCGGGCUAUGAUCCACUCAACAGUGGAGCAGCUCCAUGCACACAAGAAGCAGACUUUGUUCUUAACACAAUUAACAGCAAAAACAUUGCCAAAAGGUCCUCAUUGUCUUCCACUGCGCCUUACAACUGAGUAUUAUAGCUUGAAUUCUUCUCAGCAACAGUUCCCCAGUCAAGAGAAGUUAGAAGACCCUCGACUAUACCAUUAUGCAAUAUUCUCAGACAACAUAUUGGCUACGGCUGUUGUUGUGAAUUCAACUGCUGUUAAUGCUAAGGACACCUCAAAGCAUGUUUUUCACAUUGUUACUGAGAGACUCAAUUAUGUGGCAAUGAGGAUGUGGUUUUUGGCAAAUCCACCUGGCAAUGCAACCAUUCAGGUUCAGAACAUUGAAGAUUUUACUUGGUUGAACGCAAGUUAUAGUCCUGUUCUUAGGCAGUUGGGCUCUCCAUCCAUGAUUGAUUAUUACUUCAAGACUCAUCCAGCAACUUCUGAUUCAAACCUGAUGUUUAGAAAUCCAAAAUAUUUAUCUAUCUUGAAUCAUCUCCGUUUCUACCUUCCUGAGAUCUUUCCAAAGCUCAACAAGGUGCUGUUCUUGGAUGAUGAUAUAGUUGUGAAGAAGGAUCUGACUGGUCUUUGGUCAGUUGAUCUGAAAGGCAAUGUAAAUGGUGCUGUAGAAACUUGUGGAGAAAGUUUUCAUCGAUUUGAUCGUUAUCUUAACUUCUCCCAUCCUCUUAUCGCAAAGAAUUUUGACCCACGUGCCUGUGGAUGGGCAUAUGGUAUGAAUAUAUUUGAUUUAGUCGAAUGGAAGAGGCAAAACAUCACAGAGGUGUACCACAACUGGCAGAAUCUGAAUCAUGAUAGACAGUUGUGGAAGUUAGGAACACUGCCACCGGGUCUCAUAACAUUCUGGAAACAAACUUUCCCACUGAACCGAUCUUGGCAUGUCCUGGGUCUCGGCUACAACCCCAAUGUCAACCAAAGAGAUAUUGAUCGCGCUGCCGUUAUCCACUACAAUGGCAACUUGAAGCCAUGGCUUGAGAUAAGUAUUCCCAAGUUCCGAAGUCAUUGGACAAAGUAUGUCGAUUAUGCAUGUGUAUUUGCGAGAAUGCAACAUCAACUCAUAGAGAUGUGUCUUCUUGGUACAUUAAACCACUGAUUGAAGUUUUCUUGGCACUAGCCAUGCUGCAAUGCACCGUACAGCUUUACAAUUCUUUUUGUAUUGGUUUUCUCUGUUUUAUGUCGGUAUUUUUUGGAUUUGGGCAUAGUAGAGAUUAAGAGUAAAAAAUCAGAGUAUCAAUUUGCAACCAUUGAACCUUGAUCACUUACCAAUAGAGAUGCUAACUGUACUUGUAAAUGAAAAUAGCUAUUUUUAAGUUCUCUCCUCUUUGCCUCUUUGUUGUAGCUUGUAUCCUACCAUUUCCCUAAACAGUUCCUUUGUCUUGUAGUUGUACAAUUCCUUGUUCUUUUAUUGAAGUUGACACUCUUUUCA